AUGAACCCCUUCGCACAGUCCCAAUCCCAAUCCCUAUCCCAACCUCCCGCCGAAGCUGAAGCUCCAACUGAAACUGAAGCUGAAGCCGGCCCCUCCACCCCCUCCCACACCGAAGACCAAAAGCGCCACUUCUACGACAGCCUCCCGGCCUCCGAGAAACAGGACAAGAGCUACAAGCAGUGGGUGCAGGAGGCGUACACCACGCAGUACGAGAAAUGGAUGCCGUGGCUGGAAGACCAGUAUCUGCGGUUGUUUGGGAAGGGCGACAAUAAGGCCUCGUAUGUGGCGAGGGAAAACCUCAGCAAGACAAAACUCACCGGCAACAGCCACCUCGACCAGCUGCAGGACGACACGAACAACCUGCUUGCCAACCAGGUCAGCGAGAACGGGCUGCUUGCGCCGGUGGGCAAUGCGGUUUCGAAGGAGGGGAUUAAUCGGGUGGAGCGCGGGGGGAGGGAUGAGAGGGGUUCGUAUGGGGGCGCGCUGGGGCUGGGGGGUGUGGUGGAUCCGGUUGUUGAUGGCGUGAAGAGCGUGGGGGGCUCGAUUGGGGGGGUUUGGGGGGGUGCAGGUGGGAAGUAG